AAUCUUUUUUCCACAAACAAAAUGAUUAAUGGCUUAUCAAUAUUAAAACCCUCCCUUUUUAUAUAAAUACUCAACUUUUCUUACAAUACUUAUAAUUCAGACACAUAAAAAAACAGCACUAGCCCAUGUUGUUGCAAUCAAACUUACAAUUCCUUCUUAAAGAAUGCUUCUGUUCCAACCGUUUCUUGGCAGUUGAAAUCAGAGAUUUUUGCACAAAGGCUCCAUCUUUUGAGUCUUGAACUUAUUUUCUUGGUUUUAGUUUUCAGAUGGUAAUGGAGAUUGUAAUUUCAGUGAUACUUUUGUUUGUGGGCAUUGCUGUUUUGGUAGUGAUUCAUGUUUGUAUAGUCGGGAGAGCGUUCGGAGGAGGAUAUGAGACCGGUGAGGACAUGGUUCCAGCAAGUUUGAGCAUCAACAGAAGAUAUGGAGUUAAGAGAAUUUCAAAUGAAGACUUGAAGAAUCUUCCUUGCUUUGAUUACAAGUUAGCUGAAAAACAAGGGAUUACGUCUUUAGACUGCGUAAUUUGCUUAGACAGCUUCAAUUUGGGUGAUACUUGCAAGUUAUUGCCAAAUUGUAACCAUGUUUUUCAUUCUCAUUGCAUAGAUUCUUGGUUGGUGAAGACUUCUGUGUGUCCAAUCUGUCGAACAAUUGUUAAUCCUUCAAAGGUUGGUGUAAAAUUGAGGCAAGAUAGCAUUUCUGUUGAUGUUGGAGCUGAUUUAACAUAGCAGGAGUUGGUUUUGAAUUUAGAAAUUUUUAGUUUCUUCAUCUUCAAUUUGUAUAUUUCUUUGAAACUAUCUUCAAUUUGUAUAUGGUUAAGCUUUAAUUGAUCUUUGUUGUUUUUAGUGGUUCAGCUUGAUGUCA